AUGGGGAUCGAUCCGGGCGCGGCGCGGCGGUGGAGCUCGGCUCUCGCCUCUAGGAAAAUUCGCGUGUUGGUGGAGUCGGCCCAAGAAGGCCCGGUCCAACGCAGGAACGAGUGGACCCGGCGUAUCUGCCUCGCCGUCGCAGCUAGUGGUCGCGCGCAUCGCGGUAUCUACAACGGCAGCGAGGCCGAGUGGCUGGCCGGUGGCCACAGCUCUGCUUGGAUUCCGGAAGGUCGCAAGGGUGUCUUGGCGUCGCGCGAGAGGCGAGGUCCCGAAGCUGCCGGGGGGAUGUCGGCGCCGGCGCAGGCCAUGCUGGCUCUGGCGCUCGCGGCCAUCCUCUCCACGCCUCCGCCGCAGCCGGAGACCUUCUCCAACAUCCCGCCCACGCUCUCAGGGGGCGACAGGAAGCAGGAGCGGAUCAAGCACCCCAGGUCGGCCAAGGCGCUGCAGUGCACGACCAAGUGCGUCGGCACCUGCAUCCGCGGCGGCGCCGGCGAGGGCCCCCUCAACAUGCGCAGACCCCUCGUGGUGUUCAAAGAUGGAUUCCGCAGCCGGCAAUACUGCCUGACAGAGUGCUCGGAUAUUUGCAAUCGCAUCAAGGAUGGACAAGAUGGGCCCUGAGAAAAUGGCCGUCCCGGCAAAGCUGAAACAACUGUCAUGGCUGCAGGCUGGAUAGGGAUCAAGUUCUUAUGUCAGGCCUCUCUAAAUGCACCAUUUGAAAGGUAUCAAAGGUAAGCUUAGAUCAAGUUCUGAUAUUUUUCGCAAGGAACCGAGAGCAAAUCCGCUAGGAUUGCUCCCUGAAGUUGCAGUUGAAAUUCAAACUGAAUUACAGCAGUA